AUGCGAGCCAGGCUGCCGGCCGGGAGGGCUUGGGCGGGGCGGGAGGGGCUCCCGGGGGGCUUUUGGCCCGCGUUGCUGCUGCUGCUGCUGCUGCUGCUGAGUGCGGGACGCGGAGAGAGCGGCGCCGCCAAGAGAGCCAACAUCGUCCUCAUCCUGACCGACGACCAGGACCUGGUGCUCGGGGGAAUGACCCCGAUGAAGAAGACCCAAAUGCUGAUUGGUCAGUUUGGGGUUACCUUUGCUAAUGCAUUUUCAGUGACCCCUCUGUGUUGUCCCAGCCGCAGCAGCAUCUUGACAGGCUUGUAUCCCCACAACCACUUGGUGACCAACAAUUCCUUGGAAGGGAAUUGCAGCAGCUCUGCCUGGCAGAAGUUCCAGGAACCCUUAACCUUCCCGGUUUACCUGCAGAAGCAAGGUUACCAGACCUUCUACGCUGGCAAAUACCUCAACCAGUACGGGCACCCGAAAGCAGGUGGUGUUCAGCACAUUCCCAUGGGAUGGACAUAUUGGCUAGGUCUGGUGGGCAAUUCCAGGUACUACAACUACACCCUUUCAAUGAACGGCCAUGAGGAGAAACACGGGGACCGCUAUGAAGAGGACUAUCUCACGGACCUGCUCACCAACCGGAGCCUGGAUUUCCUAAGGAAGUUUUCGCACCUUCCCUUUCUCAUGGUGUUAGCCCCACCUGCUGCGCACUCGCCCUGGACAGCGGCUCCUCACUACAAGUCCGCCUACGGUACUCUCCAGGCCCCUCGCGAUGGCAGCUUCAACGUGCACGGGAAGGACAAGCACUGGCUGAUAAAACAAGCAAAGACACCAAUGUCCAACAGGUCCAUUGAGUUCUUGGACCACGUUUAUAGAGCCAGGUGGCAAACUCUGUUGUCAGUAGACGAUAUGGUACAGAAAGUGAUGGAUCAGUUGAAAUCCCUUAAAUUGCUGGACAGCACAUACGUGUUCUACACCUCAGAUCAUGGUUACCACACAGGACAAUUCUCACUGCCCAUUGACAAACGGCAACUUUACGAGUUUGAUAUCCGGGUGCCGUUGCUGGUGCGAGGCCCAGGUGUUAAAGGAAAUCAAACGUACCUGGAACCCAUCCUGAAUAUCGACCUGGGACCGACUUUCUUGGACAUUGCAGGAAUCAAUGCCUCUCAGACCAGCAUGGAUGGUGUCUCCUUUUUGUCCCUCUUGGUGAACAAGACACAGAAAUCUAGGUGGCGGUCAGACUUCCUGGUUCAAUAUACUGGAGAAGGCUACACAACUAAGGACCCCGAGUGUCCGGUCUUGGGACCAGGAGUGUCCCAAUGUUUCCCUGACUGCGUGUGUGAGGAUGCCUACAACAACACAUAUGCCUGUGUGCGAACUUUGAGUGCUGCGAACAUGCAAUACUGUGAAUUUGCCGAUAAAGAGAAUUUUGUGGAAGUCUACAAUCUGACUGCAGACCCCCAUCAGCUUUCUAAUGUAGCCAAGACCGUGGACCCUUCGCUGCUUGUGCAGAUGAACCAGAAGCUGAUACAAUUGCAAGCUUGUUCCGGUGUCAGCUGCCGUUCCUGAGGGUUUGAGGACCAAGAACCCAAGACACCUCUCCCUUUCCUUGUGAUUUUGUGGCCUGGCUUCCUUCUGUCUCCCAACAGAAGCCAACCUGGCGCUGCCUUUUAAUUUAGGAUUGCUCGGUCUUGAACCCCAAGUUUGGAAUUUGUUGUGCCGGAAUAGUAUUGGGGUAAAGCAGAAAGGGAAAAAUAUGGGUGAAGAGCAAACGCUGUCACCCAAGAGUGUCCAAGCUUGUUAUUCUGGGAGGUGAAGUCCACAAGUGGCCAAGGUUGCACAAGGUUGGUGUAACAACUCUAAAAGACACCCUGUGAAAUUCUAGUGCCUUGUCUCCUUUCAUUGCUUAUCUUGUCUCCGUUUGGCCAGGCAGUGGGCAAUGAGGUCUCACUUCAGAGUGAAGAACAUAUCUGACCCAGCCAAUGCUGACCUUCUCAAUUUGAGGCUCUCUGAAUGUUCUUGGACUACAGCAUCCUGCGGCAACUGUCAUCUUUGUGACUACAUACCCCACCGUCCUCUGCUCUGGUUAGAUGAGGGGUGGGGAGAAUUCUUUCCGUUUAGCCAUUGAUUAACACAGAACGAAUUAAUACAGGGUGGUUUACCUCCGUGAUCAUCGCCUUCCUUUCUCGUUCUGGCUGAGAUCUUGGGAGGCUCUGUGCAUCCCUCCAGCGAUCAUGGUGCCUAGUUGGACACUUUUACCAGGUCCUCUUGUGUAGUCCCUGGGGAUUAUUGCAGUUGCUUUGUGUCUUCAUACUGUGAAAAAAAAAAUUGGAAUAAAGCAUUUU